AUUUUAAAACUUACAUCGUGAAAGUUGAUAAAAAGUAAUGAUUGUAUCUAAUACUGAUAACUAAUGAAUUAAAGAUUAGAUUGGAAGAAGAAUCUGAUUGCUUGUUACAUUUCUUGAUAAUAAUUUUCAUAAUAAAUGUGACGUCACGAGUAUCGCCAUCUUUAUCGUAUGUCAUGUACAGUUGUAAAGUGUAUUCGUCAUCGAAAUAAAGUUGGGGAUACCUGUCAUUAUUUUUAAACAAUUUGCAUCCCCGUUAAAUUUUUCAUAAAUUCUUCAUUUUAGAAAAUAUGGAUGGCGGUGGUAAUUCUAGAGAUGAUAUGGGUGGUCCACGAAAUUCACAGCCAGCUUCUACAAAAAAGUUGCAGCAAACACAAGCAACUGUUGAUGAGGUUGUGGGAAUAAUGAAAGUAAAUGUUGAAAAAGUAUUGGAAAGAGAUCAAAAGUUGUCAGAAUUGGAAAAUCGUGCUGAUGCUCUGCAACAGGGAGCUACUCAGUUUGAACAACAAGCGGGCAAAUUGAAAAGGAAAUUUUGGUGGAAGAAUCUCAAAAUGAUGAUCAUCAUCGGUAUUAUCUGCGUAAUUAUUUUAAUCAUCAUCAUUGCUUCAAUUGUGUCAGGCUCGUCGGAUUCUGACAAUUCCUCUAACUGAUAGCAUUAUACCAAAUGGAAUAUAAAUGCUCUGGAUUUGUUAUUUUGUGUCCUAAAAUGAAAGUUAACCUCACCAGAGUAAAUGUUGGGCGCACAAAGUUAGACAUAAUGUGAUCGUUAAAAAUCAAGAUCCGUACGGACUUGUUUGAACGAAUUACGAUGAAGUAAUAUGGAAAAAAAAAAAAGAAAAAGAAAAAAAAAGAUAAGAAAAAAAAAUAUAUUUUUGAGACUUAAACUUAUU